AUGUCAUCAUCAAACUCAACGAAUCGGGUCAGUUUUGUGGAUGUGAUCAUCUUCGCCGGCUUGGAAUCACUUGGAAUGUGUGCGAUAGUCGGAAAUCUAGCUUUGAUUAUUGUUCUGCUCAACAACAAGUACCUUCAUCGUGCCAGUUUCAUUCUGAUGCUCAACUUGGCGAUCGCUGACGUCAUCCACGGCUUUGUGACCACGUGCCAUUUCUAUCCGCCAAUUUUGCUCAAACAAAUGCACAUUGGUGAAAUGGCUGUCCGUCUGUUCAACAUUGCCGAUUGGACGGCUUGGGCGAUAACACUGACGCAUAUGUCAGCAAUUUGUUUGGACCGUCUAAUUGCCAUAAUUUUGUACGGACGAUACAACGUACUGGUGACAGUUCAAAGAAUCAAAACGUUUAGCAUUUCGUGCUGGGCAUUUUUUCUGAGCACCAAUGUUACUUUGUUUUUUCUCCAAGCUUGUUGUAUGAUCCGACCGUUGGAAUCGUUGAAUUAUUACAGUUUCGGCUAUGCUGAGAACAGUGGAGAAAACUUCAAUGUAUACGUUCUGACUUAUACACCUGUAGAGAUCUUGACCAUUUUGAUACUCUCGUUUUCAAAUCCUAUCACCCUUGUGCAGCUCUAUCGUCGACACAAAAGGAAAAUUGCUCUCAGACAGCAAGGAACAACGAAAAGUGUCUCCACGUCAUCGUCAUCGCUUCUGAAACAGCAACGAUCACAGUGGCAGAGAGCAAGUACGAUGUUAUUGGAAAUGUCCAUGAAAAUGGGUAGUAAGCACAUCGCGAACGAUGUUCGAGAAAUGGCGGCAAGACGGUCCAACAGACAGCAACAAAGAAUUCUUCUACAGAUUACUGUGGUCGCUCUCAUCUUCUACGCAUACAUGACUGCCUACUACGUUUCCUACUACAGCAGAUUCCAAUCAAUUGCUGUAAUGAUCUUCAACAGCUACUUCUAUUCAAUCACUCAUAUGAUCAAUCCAGUGAUUUAUUUCUCGCUGAAUAAGGAAAUGAGAUCUCAAUUGAAGGAAGCCUUCGUAGACUUCCGCAAAUUUUUCAGUUGCAAGAAGAAGGAUCCAUAUGGGUUCGCCAACAGCUCUACCAAGAUCAACCAUAGUACCAAAUUGACAAUGGUUAGAGCGCAAAGUACAUCUUGCAGUGAAACAUCGCCUUUGUUCUCUUCCAACAAUCACUACAAAUCAACUGGUACUACUCAGAAGAAUGAGGAAAGAUUGUUGGACUCAGUGGAGGGAAGUAGUACUGGAAACGAGUCGGCCGAAAUUAGAGCCAUAGUGCAGAAUGAUGAUCCAUCUGACCAAUGCUCACUUCCAAAAUCGGAUAUAUACGUGACGCCACCGGUUGAAAUGCCGAACAAAAUGGGCGCCAAAGAAAGGUCCACGUUCAUCAAUCAACUCGUCUCGGCGUUGCAAUAUGCCAGUAACAAAUCAUUGUCGUCUGUAAAAGGGCAAAACGAGGUAAAUGAGGGGGAAGAAUAUGGAGAAGAUGAGCGAGCUGCGGAAAACGGAGAGCAAUUGCGUGUGCAACCAGUCCUAAGAAAAUUGGACAAAUCGGCAACUACGAAUGACAUCAGUAGUAUGAUCAAACAACGAUACAUCCGAUUCUCCAAUACCCUGCAAGUCAUUUCUAGGGAUUCCAAUUUCUUGUCCGAAAAUCACAAAUAUGUUUCAAUGGGAAGUCUAGAACGCAGUUGCCUUCUGAACGAUAUGUCUGGAAACAGUGAUUCUACAAGCACAACUGUUCAGAAGUCAAUUACAAGAUCCACUUCCUCCAACUCAAACGUGUUCCGAAGCAGCACCACGAACUGCAACGGCGACACCGGUCUUCUUCUAGACGAUGAAAUCGACACCGAUGUAGAAGAAGAGAUUGCUUAUCUAUAA